UGGCGUCUGCCGAUUGUCGCCCCACGUGGCCCGCUGGGAGCCGGAAGUGCCGCUAAGGCACGGCGGGAGGCAUACCGGCUCUGAUUUUCCCCGAGCGAGAGCACCUCUUAGCGUGUGCAGAGCGCCUCCUUAGAUCCCGGCGCUCCCAGAGAGGGGCGGGGCACCCUCGCCACAGAGUUCUUCCGUCUUCCUCCCGGCGGCCUCCCCCGGUUCUUGACUUCCUGGUCGGUAGCAGCUUCUGCCUGGUGGGUCCUGGGGAGGGUCGGUGCCUGUUGCGACGAGGCUCUUAGCGGGGAUGCUCGGCCGGGCAGGGGAGGCAGGAGGAGCCCGCCUCGUGCUGCGGCAGGUCUGGGACUGCUGGACGGGCUCUCUCUCGCUGCCCGCACCACAAUCCCCGGCGGCGGCUGGGAGUCGGAGCCCCGCGCCCUCCGGAGGUCCCCGGUAGGGAGUAAGGCAGAUCUCGCCGCCCCAAAGGAUGUGGACCGCCGACGAGGUGGCCGCCCUGUGCUACAGCCACUACGAGGCCCGGCUGCCUAAGCAAGGGAAGCCGGCGGCUGGUCGAGAGUGGACUCUGCUGGCGGCAGUGCUGCAGGUGGAGAGCGCAGAAAUAAAGGCGAUUGUUGCCAUGGGAACUGGAACGAAAUGCAUUGGGCAGUCAGAAAUGAGGAAGACUGGAGACAUCCUCAAUGACAGUCAUGCCGAAGUGGUGGCCAAGAGGAGCUUCCAGAGGUACCUGCUUCACCAGCUGUGGCUGGCAGCUGUGUGCCAAGAGCCCAGCAUCUUCCAUCCAGGAAUGGAGGAAGGGAAGUGGAUUCUCAAACCACACAUCACCUUUAUUUUUUUCUCCAGCCACACACCUUGUGGGGAUGCUUCAAUUAUCCCAGUCUUGGAAGUGGAAGCACAGCCUUGCCAGCCCCUGAAGCCAUCAAAGGCAGCUAAGAGGGGCAUCAGUGACUGUGGGCCUCUGGCAGCUGAAAGGAAGUCUGAAGAGACGGCAGCUGACCAUUUUCCCAAGAGACAAAAAGUCUCUGGUGCUGAGCUCCCUGCCGAGGACCGUGUAGGAAUCAAAGUGGUGGAUGUCCACAGGACUGGGGCCAAGUGUGUCCCAGGAGAGGCAGGGGAUUCCCAGCGGCCAGGUGGCGACUACCACACUGUGGGGCUUCUACGGAUCAAGCCAGGCCGUGGGGCCCAGACAGCCUCCAUGUCUUGCAGCGAUAAGCUGUUGCGCUGGAAUGUCCUUGGCUGCCAGGGAGCCCUCCUGAUGCAUUUCCUCCAGCAGCCCAUCUACUUUUCAGCCAUGGUUGUGGGCCGUUGUCCCUACAGCCAGGAGGCCCUGCAAAGGGCCAUCGUUGCAAGGGGUCUGCCUGUUUUGUGUUUGCCGGAUGGCUUCCGAGUUCAGGAGGUGGAAAUCCUGCAGUCCCAGAUGGGCUUCAUCCACAGCCGUGAAGCAGUCCAAGCCAACCAUGCUCUGCGCCAAGGGAAGCUGGUGCCCUGCGGGGCAGCUAUCAGCUGGAGUGCUGUUCUGGAGAACCCACUCGAUGUCACUUCACAUGGCUUCAAGCAGGGGUCAACCAAGAAAGUUAUUGGAAGCCCAAAGUCCAGGUCUCAAAUCUGCAAGGUGGAACUCUUUCAUGCAUUCCUGAAGCUGGUGGCCAGCAUUCCACAGGAAAAACUGCCAAAAACUCUCAGAGAGAAGAAAUUAAAGACUUACUGGGAGUAUAAGGAAGCCGCUGCCAGUUACCAAGAAGCCUGGAAAGCACUGCACAGCCAAGCUUUGGGCUGCUGGGUGAGAAACAGUCGUGAUUACCUGCACUUCACGUGAGAGGAGGAAGUUGCACUGUGACCCCUGGCUCAGAGCCAAGACUGCCUCACCUAGGGGGUGGGAUGCUACUGGUCCCUCCUGUGACUGACAGGCAUAGAGCUGCAAUGAUUGAAACUUGAAAGAUAAAUAUUCUUGAAACUUAUUUUUAAACCACCACGACUGCUACAUACUUAGCCACCACCACCUUUUACAUUUUAACAAAAGGGCAUACAGUGGUACCUCGGGUUACAUAUGCUUCAGGUUACAGACUCCGCAAACCCAGAAAUAGUACCUCGGGUUAAGAACUUUGCUUCAGGAUGAGAACAGAAAUUGCGUGGCAGUGGCGGUGCAGCAGCAGCGGGAGGCCCCAUUAGUUAAAGUGGCACUUCAGGUUAAGAUCAGUUUCAGGUUAAGAACGGACCUCCGGAACGAAUUAAGUACUUAACCCGAGGUAUCACUGUACUAAAACAAGGUAGCAGCCCAUGAACCCUGUUACUUAAUUGUCGCAGCAUGGUCUUUUCUGUUUUUGUCUUUCUGUAACUUGGGUGUGAUUGAGGUUAUUAAGUCAGGCUGAGAUUGCAAACAGUUCUUUGCAAAUCGAUUGUUAAUUAACUGUAGUAGACAAAAAGUGGGAUCGCCAAUUGUGUAAUGUUUGCAGUUCUGGUGCUCGAUAUGAAUAAUUUUAAUUGUAUACUCAUUUUAAGAAGUUAUUAUUUAGGCUUUUGUUGACAGAAGUUUUAGAAACUUAUUAAGUACAGUAAGCCUGCAACUUAUGCACAUUUAACUUGUGUGCAUUCAGCUUUAUGCACUUUGCAAUUAAAAAAAAAACUUUGGCAAUCCCACCCACUGUUGCACCCAAUGUGUUUUGAUUGUACAGGAUUUUUGGCUUUAGGUGUGAUUCCUGGAACGUAACCCCAGCAUAGAUUGCGGUCUUACUGUACAGGACAGAUUGAAAAGUGACUCUUGCAUGCUGGUUAUUUGAACUGGUU